AUAAUCUCCAGACAAAUCUUCGUCUUGAACUUUCACGGCACUCUCUCAACUAAAACAACACUACAGGACUCAGAACUCCUCUCAUCGACAGAAAUGCAGCCCAUCCGUUGCACUCUUCCAAUGUAUUUUGACUCUGAAAGUUGAAACACACAGGAACUCGAGGAAUUUGCCAUCGUCAGAAGGAUACCUACCUAUCCGAGAUCACAUCUUGACUUCGGAAACUCUGCAGCGCUACGGAUAUGAGAGCACUACCCACCUCGUCCCGUUUCUCGAUUCGCUGCCGGAUGUAGUUCUCUUCGGUUUUGGACGCGUUCCUGGCUUCACACCCGUUACAGCUCCCUUGGUCUCGGGCGUCUCGGAAGUCGCCGGAUCCACUCCGGAUCCGCCACUUGACGAUCCUGACAAUUUGGAGCGAUUGACGCUCACCACACCGGCGUCUCUAGGACGUACGCCCGCGCAGUCCAAUGACACAAACGCAAUGACUGCCGACCGAACCAUUGAGCUGAAUCAGCUGGGCCGUACCCUAAGCCCGGCCGACGGCGGCAGCAUCACAGUGCGCGGCCCCGGCCGGAGCUCCGUAUCCGAUGCCGGCUCAUCCUACGCCCGCAGCAGUAGCAGCAUGAAGUCCUGGGUCAACCGCUUCAUCGACUCCUUCCGCCGCGAAGAACCAAGGGACGGCAACAGUUUUGCCUUGACUGUCACAGACGCAGAUGGCGAACCCGUGGCGGACGCGUUUGGCAAUGCGUCGGGCGCCUCGGUCGUCCGCGAGCACGGGGGCGGACGCUACUAUGACCUGCGCUCGGCCAACUCCAAGACGGCGAGCACGCUGCUGGCCCGCGAGCUGAAGGGUCGCCACCUGCAGAUGAUCGCCAUUAGCGGCUCUAUCGGCACAGGGCUGUUUGUGGCAUCGGGCAAGGCUCUAAGCCAGGGAGGGCCAGGUUCUGUGCUGCUUGCUUACGUUUUCGUUGGCAUCAUGCUGUAUUGCACCGUCCAGGCGCUCGGGGAACUGGCGGUGGUGUUUCCCGUCGCUGGAUCUUUCUCGGCCUUCUCAACACGCUUCUUGGACCCUUCGUGGGGGUUUGCCAUGGGCUGGAAUUAUGCUCUGCAAUGGAUAGUGGUGCUUCCCCUCGAGAUCAUCGCCGGCUCUCUGACAAUUGGAUAUUGGAACCCACACUUGCCCAAGCCGGUCUUCGUCACAGUGUUUCUCCUCGUCAUCGUGGGCAUCAACCUUUUCGGGAUUAAGGGCUACGGCGAGGCCGAGUUUGUGUUUGCCAUCAUCAAGGUCACCGUCGUGGUAGGGUUCAUCCUGCUUGGCAUUGUCAUCAACAUUGGAGGAACGCCGACAAGCGGCUACAUUGGUGGCAAGUAUUGGCACGAUCCAGGGGCCUUCAACAACGGCUUCAAAGGGCUCUGCGUCGUCUUCGUCACGGCCACCUUCGCCUUCGCAGGCACCGAGCUCGUCGGGCUCGCCGCCGCCGAAACCGCCAACCCGCGCAAGUCCCUCCCGACCGCCAUCAAGCAAGUCUUUUGGCGAAUCACGCUCUUCUACAUCGUCUCCCUUACACUCGUGGGCCUGCUAGUCCCCUACACCGAGCCGCGGCUACUCGGAGCCAGCAACAUAGCCGACGCGUCAGCAAGCCCCUUCGUCAUCGCCAUCGAGUCGGCCGGCGCGACGGUGCUCCCCAGCAUCAUGAACGGCGUGAUCCUGGUGUCGGUCAUCAGCGUGGGCAACUCGGCCGUGUUCGGCUCGUCGCGCACGCUGGCCGCGCUGGCCGAACAGGGGCAGGCGCCCGCGUUGUUCGCCUACGUCGACCGCCGCGGCAGGCCCCUCGUCGCCGUCCUCGCUACCGCUACCGUCGGCCUCCUGGCCUACCUCGCCGACGUGCCCGCCUACCACGGCGUCUUUGACUGGCUGCUCGCCAUCAGUGGCCUGAGCACCAUCUUUACGUGGGCCAGUACGUGUCUGGCCCAUAUCCGUCUGCGCCAGGCCUGGCGCCAUCACCACCGCUCCCCGGCCGACAUGGCCUUCCGCGCGCAGGCCGGCGUGGUGGGCAGCUGGGUGGGGUUCGUGUGCAAUGUGUUUAUCCUUGUGGUGCAGGUGUGGGUCGCGGUUUCGCCUAUUGAGGGCACGCGGGACCACCCGCUGCCGCUCACGGCGAGGGAUCGGGCAUAUAAUUUCUUUGUGCAGUGCCUGGCGCUGCCGGUGGUGGUGGUGUUUUGGCUGGGGCAUAAGCUGUGGUUCGGGACGAGUUACGUACGGGUGGAGGACAUGGAUAUAGAUACGGGGAGGAGGGAUUUUGGGAGGUUGGGCAUCAUCAUGGCGCAGGAGGAGGAGGAGAGGCAGGCAUGGCCGAGAUGGAAAAGGGUUUAUAAGACUAUUUGUUGAUAAUGAAUGGUUUGUGGGUUUGCAUGUCUGUUAUUCUUGUGUUGCUUGAGGACUUUGCUCGGUGCACGUGGUUACUGUAGCCGUGGGUUUGAACAGUCACAGAUCCAACGAGCUUCAUCUGUCGGUCCAUGCCCUGGGAAUAAACCAGCUAGCCCUGGUAACCGAAGACCCAGGUCGUCAAGCUCAUUGGCCAUUGUUAAGACCCGGCGAACUCGGGUGAUACAAACACGGUUCAGCUCGGACCGGGUGCAGUCUCUGCAGUGAGAUCAAACGCCAAUAGUGG